UCAUGAUCACGAGUCUCAACGAUCUUCCAAUUGAAUUUAAUUCACCAUCGAUGUCAGUAUAUAAAUAGCCGAUCGAAAACGACAAUUGAUCACAAUUAGAAGUGAACAAUUAACAAAUUGUCCAUUUUAUUUUACCUGUUCAACGAAAUUAUCACCAAUCAGAUUCCACUAAUUAUGGUUAAUUACGAGGCAGAAUUGAAAGAUUACCAUAAAAAUGGAUAUGGUUUAAUUCAUAACUUUCUCUCUCAAGAAGAAGUUGAUGAACUCGUAAAGGAAAUGAAAGAUAUCGUUGAAAAUUUGGACCUAAACGAGCAUCGUAGUAUCAUUGCCCCAGGUAAUUUACAUCGACCCACGGAUUAUUAUAUGGCCUCCGGUGAUAAAGCGGGUUUCUUUUUCGAGCAAAAAGCUUUUAAUGAAAAAGGCGAACUCAUUUUACCUCGAAGUCUUUGUUUACAAAAGCUCGGCCAUGGUCUUCACUUGGGCAAUGAAAAGUUUUACAAAGUGACCUUUAACGAUCGGGUUAAAAGUGUUCUAAAAGCGAUCAACUAUCAAGAUCCAGCCGUUUGUCAAGGUAUCGUUGUUUUUAAAAAUCCUCGAACUGGUUCAGAAGUGACACCUCAUAAAGAUCUUGAGUUUUUAUUCACCGAACCAGUUGACAGUCUUUGCGCUCUUUGGAUCGCAUUGACCGAUGUGACCACAGAAAACGGAUGUCUUGAGGUUAUUCCAGGUUCUCAUGUAGAACCACCUCAUCGUCGAUUCAUCCGUUCAGUUGAUGAGAAUGGCGUUAAGGUAGCAUUCGAUGGUCCACCAAAAGAGUUUGAAGAUUCCGCUUUCGUCCCAGUUCCCGUUCCUCGAGGGUCUUGUUUAGUCUUCGACGGUGCAUUGGUUCAUCGGAGUCAACCGAACACCUCAGAUAAACCGAGACCCGCUUACGCUGUUCACGUUAUCGAUGAAAAUAAGGGCAAAUGGUCCGAUAAAUGUUGGCUUCAAAUCUCAAGACCUUUUCCCAAAGUCUAUUAAUCUAAAUAGUAUAAUUCAAAAACUCCCAACGAUUUAAAUCGUUACCACCCAACGAUCGUUGUUCCAAUAAAACCCAACCAAUACAAGUAUCAUAAGAUAAUCAUUUUUCUCAAAUUAUGAUUUAAAACUACUAAUUGUAUCAACUAAUUAACUGAAUCAGUAAAAAUAUUCAACUUGCA